AUGCCAGGGCAUCCUCUAGGGACUAUGCCAGGGCACCCUCCAGGGACUAUGCCAGGGCACCCUCCAGGGACUAUGCCAGGGCACCCUCAAGGGACUAUCCCAGGGUACCCUCAAGGGACUAUGCCAGGGCACCCUCCAGGGACUAUGCCAGGGCAUCCUCCAGGGACUAUACCAGGGCACCCUCCAGGGACUAUGCCAGGGCACCCUCCAGGGAUUAUACCGGGGCACCCUCCAGGGACUAUGCCAGGGCAUCCUCCAGGGACUAUGCCAGGCAACCCUUCAGGGACUAUGCCAGGGCACCCUCCAGGGACUAUGCCAGGACUUGUGACUUAA